AUGCUCUUAGUCUUUGUUGAUGAUUUGCUUGUGGCAGGGAGUUCCACAGAUGAGAUCCAGAAGCUCACAAGUCAACUGGAAAAGAGGUUUAAGCUUAAAGCCUUGGGGCCUGUAAGCAAUUACUUGGGAGUAGAAGUAAGGCAGGAAGCUGAUGGAAGCUUCCUAUUGAGUCAGAAAGAGAAAAUUCUUCGUUUGAUAGAGCAGUUUGGCAUGGAAAACUGCAAGCCAGUUCAGACUCCCAUGACACCAGAGUUCCCAAAGACAGUGUGUGAUGAUGAAUUUAUUCAGCCUGAGUUGUAUCACUCAAAAAUAGGAUCACUGUUAUAUUUAAGCCAGUGGUCAAGGCCAGACAUUGCAUGUGCUACAAAUGUCCUGAGCCAACGUGUAUCUAAACCCAGUACUGCUGAUUGGUGUGCUUUGAAAAGGCUUAUCAGAUAUAUAAAGGGGACAUUAAAUGUAUGUUUGAAGAUAUCUAGUACACAAGACGAAAAACUAGAAGUAUUUGUUGAUGCGGACUGGGGAAGCUGUGUAGCUACCAGAAAAUCUACAAGUGGAAUGGUUAUGAUGUUUGCCAAUUCCAUAAUUGGGUGGAGGUCAAAGAAACAAGGAUUUGUUGCAACCUCAUCCUGUGAGGCAGAAUAUGGGAGCCUGUCGCUAGCAUGCAAUGAAAUCAUGUGGUUUAUACAGAUACUAAAAGAUCUAGAUUGUAAAGUAGAUUUGCCUAUCCAAGUGUAUGAAGAUAGCCAAUCGUGCAUUGCAUUAGCGGGCUCGGAAAUAAUGAAAUCCGCAUCAAAACAUAUUGCUAUCCGUCAUGCGAAUGUUAGAGAUUGUGUACAGAAUGGGGUAAUCAAACUGGAGUAUUGUCAAUCACAAGAUAAUAUUGCUGAUUUGUUCACCAAGCCUUUGCCAGCAUCAUGCCAUAAUGAACUGAUGACAAAACUGGGUUUAUGUAUAUAA